AAGCACACACUGUAUCACUGACAAGGGAAGGAGCUGAACAAGCCGAGAGAAAACUUGAUUAUUUAUUCAAGCACAGAGUUCGAUUUUUAUUCUAUCAAUGGCAACAAAGCAUUUAUCGCAGCUAUUGCCAAGUACAGAUCAAUUUUGGAUCAGAACCCAUCUGUCCCUUAUCUCCCAUGGCCUUCAUUAAAGAUAUGUUUUGGAAUUUCGAGACUGCUCCCCAUCAUUUUUUAUCUUAGUAGAAGCAACUUCUUGUGUAUUCAGUCAGUUCAUUCUUCAUAUAUUAAAUAUAACUCUCAUGAUGUCUCUAACUAUGGAUUACAGCAGAAACUUAACUUCUCUACCAGACUACAACUACAGUGACUAUGAAAUAGAUGAUGAUGACGUAACCAAAACCAGAACUUUUUACGCUGCAAAAAUAGUCAUAGGUGUCGCUCUGGCCUGCAUUAUGCUGAUUUGUGGGAUUGGGAACUUCAUAUUUAUUGCAGCGCUGGCAAGAUACAAGAAACUCCGAAAUUUAACAAACCUUCUGAUAGCCAACCUUGCCAUUUCUGAUUUCAUCGUGGCCAUAGUUUGCUGCCCUUUUGAAAUGGACUAUUAUGUUAUAAAGCAACUUUCUUGGGAGCAUGGUCACAUCCUGUGCGCCUCAGUCAACUACCUAAGGACUGUCUCAUUGUAUGUUUCGACCAAUGCCCUACUGGCGAUAGCUGUUGACAGGUACUUAGCCAUAGUACAUCCUCUGAAACCUCGGAUGAAUUAUCAGACAGCCUCAUUUUUGAUUGCUUUGGUCUGGAUUAUCUCAUUGCUCAUAGCCAUCCCUUCAGCAUACUUUGCUACAGAAACUGUCCUCUUUAUUGUGGAUAGUCAAGAAAAGAUAUUUUGCGGUCAGAUUUGGCCAGUGGACCAACGGAUUUAUUAUAAAUCUUAUUUUCUUUUCAUUUUUGCUAUUGAGUUUGUUGGCCCAGUUUUUACAAUGACCUUAUGCUAUGCCAGAAUCUCCAGGGAACUUUGGUUUAAAACAGUACCUGGGUUCCAGACAGAGCAAAUUCGAAAACGGCUGAGAUGUCGAAGGAAGACCGUUCUGGUACUGAUGUGUAUCCUCACAGCUUACGUCCUGUGCUGGGCUCCAUUUUAUGGAUUCACCAUUGUUCGUGAUUUUUUCCCCACAGUUUUUGUAAAAGAGAAGCAUUUUCUUUCAGCUUUCUACAUUGUGGAAUGCAUUGCCAUGAGUAAUAGCAUGAUAAAUACCAUGUGCUUUGUGACGGUCAAAAACAAUACCAUGAAGUAUUUCAAAAAGCUUAUGCUUCUAAAAUGGAGGUCUACUUACAAUGGGAGUAAAUGUAGUGCUGAGACUGACAUCAAGACUGCCGCUGUGCCAAUUACCGAAGAGGUCGAUUGCAUCAAGCUAAAGUAGUUUAUUUGCAACGUUAGGUCCACAAAUAGGGUAACACCAUUUAAAGCACUGCAAUUUUUGUUGGGUCUAUUCAUUUUUACAUAAUUUGCAAGAUCCAAUAAUGCAUACUACACACACUGCUCAAAAAAACUAAAGGGAACAGGAAGCAACACUGAUUGACAAUCAAUUUCACAUGCUGUUGUGCAAAUGGUACAGACAACAGGACAGCUACCUCCACCUUUGUGCAAGGAGGAGCAGCAGGAGCACUGCCAGAGCCCUGCAAAAUGACCUCCAGCAGGCCACAAAUGUUCAUGUGUCCACUCAAACGGUUAGAAACAGACUCCAUGAGGGUGGUAUGAGGGCCCGACGUCCACAGGUGGGGGUUGUGCUUACAGGCCAACACCGUGCAGGACGCUUGGCAUUUGCCAGAGAGCAAAUUCGCCACUAGCGAACUGUGCUCUUCACAGAUGAAAGCAGGUACACACUGAGCACAUGUGACAGACAUGACAGAGUCUGGAGAUGCAGUGGAGAACGUUCUGCUGCCUGCAACGGUGUGGGUGGCAUUUCUUUUGGGGGGCCGCAUAGCCCUCCAUGUGCUUGCCAGAGGUAGCCUGACUACUAUUGAGUACCAAGAUGAGAUCUUCAGACCCCUGGUGAAUUAUAUGCUGGUUCGGUUGGCCCUGGGUUCCUCCCAAUGCAAGACAAUGCUAGACCUAUUGUGGUUGGAGUGUGUCAGCAAUUCCUGCAAGCGGAAGGCAUUGAUGCUAUGGACUGGUCUGCCUGUUCCCCAGACCUGAAUCCGAUUGAGCACAUCUGGGACGUCAUGUCUCGCUCCAUCCACCAACGCCAUGUAGCACCACAGACUGUCCAGAAGUUGGCAAAUGCUUUAGUCCAGGUCUGGGAGGACAUCCCUCAGGAGACCAUCCGCCACCUCAUCAGGAGCAUGCCCAGGCGUUGUAGGGAGGUCAUACGGGCACGUGGAGGCCACACACACUACUGAGCCUCAUUUUGACUUGUUUUAAGGACAUUACAUCAAAGUUGGAUCAGCCUGUAGUGUGGUUUACCACUUUGAUUUUGAGUGUGACUCCAUAUCCAGUCCUCCAUAGGUUGAUAAAUUUGGUUUCCAUUGAUCAUUUUUGUGUGAUUUUGUUUUCAGCACAUUCAACUAUGUAAAGACAAAAGUAUUUCAUACGAUUAGUUCAUUCAUUCAGAUCUAGGAUGUGUUAUCUUAGCAUUCCCUUCAUUUUUUGAGCAGUGUAUAUCUCUGCGUAUGAAAUGACAAAAAAGACAGCAUAGAACCUUUCAACCAUUGAUGAUUGGUUGUGCAUCAAAAGUUCACCAGAAGAUUUCAAUAUUAUGGACUGCAUGAUUUCAUUUUUGAGGUUUCAAUGUAAUGCAAAUCUGAAAAAACCAUUGGCAUAAAAAAAAGAACUGCUUGCCGAUAACCUGAAGAACACAAACACAUGAUCACCACCAUUUUAGAGAUAUGCCCUUUUAGUUUUCAGCUCAUUGGAUUUACAAAAGACUUCUUGUUUGGAGUGGAUUUCUUCUUUGAAUGUAAAUUGUGUAGUAUAAUAUAUGAACUUUACCGUGUGCUUAAUGUGAAGAAAAAAAACUAUACAUUUUCCCACUUUCACAAUAUAUAUUGAAUGUAUAUACGUAACUUGCACUGUGUAACAUAUAUUUUAAGUAUGGUGGUUUUGCUGCAGAUUUCAUCACAAAAAUGUAUGCUUUUCACAAAUCAUAUUGAAAUAAAUGUGAUCUAAUAAAUUAUUGUUUGUGUUUCCAAAUAAUUCCGUAUUAAAUGCUGCUAUUUUAUUUCUUAGGAGACUUUUAUUCUUGAACUUCAGUGUGCAGAUGCAAUUGAAUGGGACAGCUGACAAUCACCCAGCAUCUCAGUUUUGACGCCGGAUGGUUGGACAUGUCGGACGGCCUGUCCGGAAACAAUGGAGGCCGGAUGCCAUACAACUGAUGCAUCCUGCCAUUAGUUGUGGCAUCAGUUGCGUCGAGAUCUAGGCUGAGUUCACCUAUGCCGGAUGCCAGACAUAUGUGAACCCAGCCUAACAGGCUUCUCAAAGCUUUUAAACAGAUAGAAUAAUUUACUGGAAUAAAAUAAAUUAAAUAAGGAAGAAUAAUAUUGUUUUGGCCCCUCUCUGGCUGCUACUGUGGGCAGCGUGAAUAACAGUUCUUUCCUUGUUAUACUCUGCUUUUUCCCUGUCUCUAUAGUCUUUAUGCUGAUUUAAAAGAUUUCUGCACACAGUCAUUACAUUGUAACAUCUUGUAAAACCUUUAAAGAUCCAAUUUACUUAAAUGGCGAAUUUUCCUUUUAUGGAACAAAAAUUGGCGGCAAUAAUGGUGACAGACUAAGCCUGUACUGUGACAGUGAACACAAAUAGAAUAGAUUUUUCUAUAAGAUAUAUAGUGCUCCCUCAAGUUACAAUAGUAAUUGGUUUCAGAACAGCCAAUUUAAGCUGGAACUAAUUUAUCUUUAGACUAUAACUCUAUGGAAAACUGGUAAUUGGUUCCAAAGCCCCCAAAAUGUGAAGCCAAAAUAAGAAAUAUUAUAGAUUAUUAAAAUAAUAUUAAUACUGAUAACCACAUAACUAACACAGCUACAGACAGGCCUUACGUAUAAGAAGCUACUAAUACAUUCAUAUGUAGGGUUUUAUACAAUACACACAGUGAACCAGAAAACAAAAGGAGUGCCACACUCACCAGGGUGUAAAUGAACAGCCCAUCCUGAUAGAGGUAAAGAGCAGUACAAUACCACAGUGUAAUGAUGUGCUAUGUGUACAGACAAUCACUGCAUGCACCUGAGCCAUACAGGGGUUUUACCAGUGAAAUGCCAAACCUGGUGAAGUUAUAUCCAGUGAUGCACAAGUAAAGUUUUCUCCCGAUCAAAUUUCAAAUGCCGCUCCAGUCGGGAGCCAGCGGUGUCACAAAGCACAGCCUAAAAUGUAGCCACUCCGGUCUCACUAUAAGAUUACUCCCUUACCCCAUUCUGGAUGGACAUUAAGGUUAUCACUCCAUAUAGAGACCCCUGGUAGGACCUACCUCUAAAAUACCUCCUCUAAGAUAGAGGCCUACUGUACGGGUAUCCUCACUGAAGCAGUUACCUACUCACAUAAUAAUCUGCUGAACUAGAGGUCAUACUUAGAGGAACACCUAAUACAGCCUGUCUACUAUUGGACUUUGGUUGGACUACCAAGUACAUAAAGAUGCACCUAGGGUCUCUUCAUCAGAGUGUACCCAAUAUUUACCAGUACCUCCUUGUCUUAUAAUUUGACAUUUUGUUCUGUCAGUUGGGCGACAGGAGUUUAUAAUAUUGUUUCUACUCCUGCUCCCUCUGCACUAGUCCUUGAGGAGUUGUGCCGCUUGGCUAUGAGAAACAACGAAACGCGUUGGAUGUUGCUUGACUGACUAGCAUUGUCUUGUAAUCACUGUAUAGAUUGUAUAUAUGUGUUUGCAAUUUCUAUAACUCACUGUAUGUGCUUUGGAGAUGUAUACCAACAAGCAUUUAACUACUUACGGCCCUUAUUUUUGUACUGCAUCUGGCACCUUCCCCAAUCCUUCCUACAUAGGGAGAGGUGGGAGGUUCCGAAUGCAGGUGGCACGCUCUAGGAAUGCCUCUCUGCAGUAACAGGUAGGGGGUCUACACAGACCAACAGGGUCAGCAUAUAGGGGCCUUUGUGAUUGGUCCAUCAUCCAGGGCCAGCUGUGUUGGAUUAUAACAUAUUUAUGUGUUAUCAAUGUAUCUUGCACUUAUUAUUUUGUUCAUGUUCCUAUUUUAAUGUAUAUCA